AUUUUGCGUGGUGCUUCCAAACGACGACGUUUCCCUCAUUCGAAACAAGGGUUAGAACCCCCUUCGCCCUUCGGAUUCCGCCACCGCCAUAACGCCAUAGCUGCCGGCGAACGAUUUCUGGGUUUGUUAUUUUCACCUCAAAGUUCCUAUCUUUACCCUCGACAUGGCGAAGGUAACAAGCUCAAAACUGAACAUUGCAAUAAUUCACCCAGAUCUUGGCAUAGGUGGAGCUGAAAGAUUGAUUGUGGAUGCUGCUGUUGAGCUUGCAUCCCAAGGCCAUAAAGUUCAUGUUUUUACUGCACAUCAUGAUAAAAACAGAUGCUUUGAGGAAACUGUUGCUGGUACCUUUCCGGUUACUGUGUAUGGUUCCUUUCUUCCCCGGCAUAUAUUCUACCAUCUUCAUGCAUUGUGUGCAUACCUUCGGUGCCUAUUUGUUGCUUUCUGUGUACUUUUCAUGUGGCAUUCAUUUGAUGUUAUCCUGGCAGAUCAAGUCUCUGUGGUUAUUCCCAUCUUGAAAAUCAAAAGAUCAACAAAGGUUGUAUUCUACUGUCAUUUUCCGGAUUUGUUGUUGGCGCAACAUUCAACUUUCAUUAGGAGAAUGUAUAGAAAACCAAUAGACUAUGCAGAAGAAAUAACAACUGGAAUAGCUGAUUUGAUACUUGUUAACAGCAAGUUCACUGCAUCUACUUUUGCGAAUACUUUUAAGUAUCUAGAUGCUAAAGGAAUUCGACCAGCUGUUCUAUAUCCAGCGGUUAAUGUGGAUCAGUUCAAUGAACCCAGUUCCUUUAAGCUGAAUUUUCUUUCCAUCAAUCGCUUUGAAAGGAAGAAGAAUAUACAAUUAGCUAUUUCAGCUUUUGCUAUGCUUAACUCACCCGAAGGAGUUCUUAAGCAUAAAGAUAUUACUAAUGCUUCUUUGACUAUUGUAGAAUCUGCUCAAUCUUGCAGUUUGUGUGUAAAUUAUCUAGUGUGGAUUUGUGGUGCAAUCAUUUCUCAAACAGGUGGCUUUGAUAAACGGUUGAAGGAGAAUGUGGAAUACUUAGAAGAGCUUAAAGAUUUAGCUGAAAAGGAAGGGGUCUCCAAUAACAUAAAAUUCAUCACAUCUUGCUCAACAGCUGAAAGGAAUGAACUUCUUUCUGAAUGCUUGUGUGUCCUUUACACACCAAAGGAUGAGCACUUCGGCAUUGUUCCUUUGGAGGCAAUGGCAGCUUAUAAACCUGUUAUCGCAUGCAAUAGUGGUGGCCCUGUGGAGUCGAUUAAGAAUGGUGUAACGGGAUUCCUUUGUGAUCCUACACCACUGGAGUUUUCUUUAGCAAUGGCUAAGCUCAUAAGUGAUCCCCAGGAGGCAGAUAACAUGGGGAGAGAAGCUAGGAGGCAUGUUGUUGAGUCAUUCUCUACAAAGUCAUUUGGCCAGCAUCUAAAUAGAUAUCUAGUUGACAUCCACCGGGGAAAGGAGGAUUGAGUUUAACAUUGGAUAGCAUGGUUUUGCCCUCAACUUGUUAACUGCAAUUGGUGACCAUUCAACUUGCUGUUCAGAUUUUAGUUGGCAUAGUUAACUAUUUGCUACAAGUUCUAUUUUCAAGAUAAUUUUUAUUUUAUACCAAUAUACCAUGUAAAUCUGAAUUAGAGAUGAUGACAUGUUCAAUGUUCCAAAGUCUUGCUCUUUUGGAUAUUUUCUGACAACAUAUGGUAUUUGGAAGUUUAUAGAGAAUUUUCUUGGGCUA